CAUUAGCCCACCAACAAGUUCCACAAAACCAGUCUCCAGUUCGUGGUUUCGAGGUUCACAAUCCUAAGAACAAAGGGAAUCUCCAUUUCUUCUUCUUCUUCCAUAUUGUAGAUCUCCAAUUGUAGCAAUAAGUGAAACCUUUAGUUUCUUUUGUUCUAUUCUGUUCUUUUCUCUCUGAAGUUUGAGGUUUCGCUUCGGUUUCCUAGAGAACUUGCAGCUUGAACUAAAAUUUUCCAUCUGAUCUGAAAGUUGAAUUGAUCCAAAAACCAGAGUUUUAUGAGAAGAAUGAUAUUGAGCUAUAAGGGUUGCAUCAUCUGGAAGUUGUGCUCGGAGAAGAGUUUCUAUGUUUGGAUAUUCCAUACUCUGAAUAGGUACACUAUGAGAUAGACCGAGCGUAGAAUUGCAAGAAGAAAAAUGAAUGCUAUGUUGUUGCCACCCGGCUUUCGGUUUCAUCCCACGGACGAGGAGUUAGUCGGAUACUACCUGAAGAGAAAAGUAGAUGGGCUUAAGAUUGAGCUCGAGGUCAUUCCGGUGAUCGAUUUGUGCAAGUUUGAUCCUUGGGAGCUACCAGACAAAUCGUUGCUUCCAAGAAGAGACAUGGAGUGGUUCUUCUUCUGCCCACGGGAUCGCAAAUACCCAAACGGUUCACGCACGAACAGAGCUACCGUUUCUGGAUACUGGAAAUCCACGGGCAAAGAUAGAAAGAUUUCAUGUGAGUCUUCCGUGUUCGGGUUGAGGAAAACACUCGUCUUCUACCGCGGACGGGCUCCCGGGGGAGAAAGAACCGAUUGGAUCAUGCACGAGUACCGUCUUUGCGAAGAUCUUUUCCAAGGAUCUUCGAACUUUCUGGGAGCUUUUGCCUUGUGCCGUGUAGUCAAGAGAAGUGGCAAUGGGGUGACAAGCAGCGAUCGACAUGGAGAACCCAAAGCUAAAAGGUGUCCCAAGAGAAACUUCGAUGAGGCCUUGCACGGCACAGAGGAAAGUUCAUCUCUCGAUCUCAUUGACAGCAGUUGCAACGCAUCUGACCUCCUCCCAUCACCAGAAACUGUGAUAGCCUUCAGAGAACCGCAUGUGAUUUCAGAUGCAUCAAAGGCGGAUGGAGGAGCUUCAAUGCCCUCAGAUGGGGUUCCUAACCCAACGAGAGAAGCUUUCACCGUUGAUGAACCUGGGAAUGCACUCUUCUCGUCUUUCCCAAGUCCUGCUGCACGUUGCAUGGGCAUGUGCAUGUGCAGCAGCAGCUGGGAAGACAUCACGUUCCACAGCCUCCGGUGGGAUGCAACAACAUACAUCGACGAAUCAUAUGGUGGUACAGAAGAUUUCGGUGCAGCAGCAUCUGCUCACAUUUGUCGGCAGGCAAGUGAAGGAGAAGAAGCCAACUUAUGGUUGCAGGAAGACAACAUAGUGACUGUGAUGUGAUGGAUUUAUCCAGAUGAAGGCUGCAAGAUUUCUGAUGGUGUGGAUAGUAAUAUUGGGAGUUAAGAUCUCCACAACAUCCUUUUUGAUGCCUGUGUGGAGGAAUUAGUGUGACCAUUGCAGAUGUCUCCAAAGAUGUAUCUCCGAUGCAAUAAUAAAAGUGGACCAUUUCUUUCUGGUU